UUAAGUGCAUAUAUAUAUAGAGAGACGGGGGCGCUAACGAUGAAAGACAAACCACUAAAUGGGAAUACGAAUGAAAGAAAUUAGGACUGGACUAUAUGAUAUUACCCAUUCUCUAAAUGUAUCACUCACCCGGGACUCACUCCCGACCCCAUUCAAUCCGCUUCAGGUCUAUUCAAAUUUUACUAAUGUUCCGGAUAGGAUCCAGAAAGUUCUAGAUAAGUUGAAUAGUCAAUACUUUACCCUCACCCGUCCACUAGGGCUCACUUAGGCUUUGUCGGGCUCACUUAGGCCUUGUCGAGAUGGGGUCAAAGUCCGCCUUGGAUCCAUUUUCGGCACCUAUAAACCUAUUUAUAUUUUUAAAAAUAAUAAUUGACAUUUAAAUAUGUAUUUAAUAGUUUGUAACAUACUCUGUAUAUAUUUUCCGGAUAAAGAUAAAUUAUGAAUUUAAAAUACAGAGUAUACCACCCAUUUUACAUUGAACAGGGGGCCCACUUGAAGGCUUAAAUGACAAAAGUACUUCUGAAUUCAAAAAAGAAAAAUUUGUUUAGCAGCAAAAACAUUUGGUUGUUACUUUUUCGGCCGACUUGAGCAUCUGACAAUGUCCCCAACUACUAAUGUUUCCAAAAGGAGAAGAAUUGAUAAACAGAAUGCUGGUUUUGAGGAUCCUCACACAGUCGAGGCCCGGAAAGCUUCUGCUGAGCUUAACAAGGCGUCCACUUCAUAUGUAGAUGUCACUUCUUUUCAUACAGAUGAAGCUUCUGAAAUGCUGCUUAGUUCAGCAGCUAAGCUUGUAGCUCGUACCAAAGGUCUCCAGGAAAAGAAUUCACAAGAUGCAGCCGAAUCUAGUGCCAAAAUAACAAAGUUGACUCGAGACCUGGAAGAAGCCCAAAAAAAGUUGAAGUUGGAAAUGAUAAAUUGUGAGAGAGCCGAGAGAUUAGUUGAACAAGCAAGACAAGAGAAGUACAUGCAGCGGUUAAAAUCCAGUCGUGAAAAAGCAUGCUUGAAAAGGAAAAUUUUGGAAUUAGAGACGGAACUUCAACACCAGGAAGAUAGGUUUAACAAUGCUCUUUUAGAUGCAGAGGUUAAUGGUUACAAUAAGUGUGUCAACAAGGCAAAAGAGAAGGGCUUAAGAUAUAAGAAACUUUUGCUGGAUCCCAUGCAUGACCCUACGGACAAUCAGCAAGAAAAUAUGCUACUACCCCCUCCAGCUAAAAAUUGUAGGGACUUGGAUAAUGUCCCCGACUCCACUAACACCAUCCCAACUGUUCUAUCUAAAGAAAAAGCUCUGUUCGACCCAGCAGGCCCAAUGUUCUACAGUUCAAUUAUUGAAGUGUUGGCAAAAAAGAAUUUGGAGGGUCAGGUUGGCAGCAUGGUCAGCAAGAAGGGUGACACUGGUACCCAAAAGCCUCCUUCAAGUUCCUUGAACAUCAGCGAAAAUCAUAAGCAGUUGAAAAAUGGCAACACUGAGCUUGAGAGGAUAAAGGAUGCUGCUUUUAUUUUAGGCUACAACAAAUGUGCUGAAUCCAUACGCAAAAGCAAAGUUUAUGACCCCUCUAAGCACAGCAUAAAAGACUUUGUUGCAUCUGAAGUUGUUCGGCUUGAGAUUUCUACAUCCUCAAGUUAAAACAAUGGGCACAAACAGGUCAAAUAAGAUAUCAAAUUAGCAGCCACUGAUAUACUGCUCUGAAUUUACUUGCUAAGGGCAAUUUUUGGGGCAGCAUAAUGCUCAGGUGCACAUCAUAAAACCCAAUCUUAUUUACCGCUCUCAACCGAGUUGCCAUGGCCCAUGGGCAAUUUUUGUUGAUGGCACAUGAAUGAUUAGUUUGUACAUUAUCAAACUCCAGAUGAUUUAGUCCUCUCAUUGAAGGGCAAUGUUGUUGAUGUAUGUACAUUAAUAGUCAGCGAAUACAUUGUCAAAUUUAGAGCUUUGUUGUGAUUAACUAUGGUGGCCCCCUAUGUCCCCUUUUACAUGA